AUGUCUCGCACUUGCAUGAUGAUGCUCUUGGUAGCAAUGUUCAUUUUCACCGCCGUCGCAGAAUCUCCAACGACAUCUCCCAAAGUUUCUUCUUUGACUACCCCAGCUGCUGCUCCAUCUCCAUCAUCGGUGUCUCCUCUCUCUCCAUCGUCGGUAUCUUCUCCUCCUGCUCAUGCUCCUGCUCCUGCACCUCGCAAAAGUGGUGCUGUUUCCCAUGGAUUCUCAUUUGUUGGGAUCUUUGUUGUCGCCCUUGGGGCGACCGCUUUGAUUCUUUGA